AUGGAAGUUUCUCCACCGCCGGCCACCGUAUGCGUCACCGAAGAUUCCGGGUUCAUCGGCUCGUGGCUCGUCAUGAGGCUUCUUCAACGCGGCUAUACUGUCCGCGCAACCGUUCGCGACCCAGGGAACAUGAAGAAGGUGAAGCCGAUGAUGGAGCCACCAAAUGCCGACACCAACUUGACGCUGUGGAAGGCGGAUCUGGGCGAAGACGGGAGCUUCGAUGAGGCCAUCGAAGGUUGCUCCGGUGUGUUUCAUGUGGCCACGCCCAUGGGCUUCGACUCAAAUGACCCUGAGGUUCGACAGCGGUGCGAACGGCGGUGGUCUGGGCGAUGGCGGCGGUGCAAGCAGUGA